CACCACCACCAUCACCACCACCGCUACUGCCGUGGGGCAGCGCUCGUCUCUCCUGGACCCGGUUCCGGGCUCGAGAUCGCGGCUCGCCCUCUCCAAUGAACGUGGCCGCCACGCUCCGCCGCCUUCACUCUUCGACUUUAACGCGCAACAUUGGAGACGUUCACAUUGGAGACGUUGUUGGCUGGGUCGUGCGUCUCUCUUCGCUUUCAGCGGCUGCCGGGUCCCGGUCGUCGGUCCCCGCUUUUCUCGCACGCGGUGGAGGUGAAAGGGCCGAGCCCAUGCGCCGCUCCAAGUGAAAGGAGAGAAGACUGAGAAGAACCACUGGUAUAUUGGGAGGAGCAGAAUGAAGGGCUCCGUACAGAAUCCCGUGGCCAAGGCGGUGCCGCAGGCCUUGGAGAGCGCACCCGACGCUGUGUCAGUGGGACCAGGACACCUGGAGGCCACCAAGGACGGGGGCUGCGAGUUCAUGGUGCCUGAGUCGUGGAGGCACUCGGUCAGCCAGGCCUUGCUGGCGUUGUUUGAGAAGGAGCAGCUGUGCGAUGUCACAAUCAAGGUGGGCGCUAAGCGGAUCCCGUGCCACCGUGUGGUGUUGGCGUCAGCGGUGCCCUACUUCCGUGAUAUGUUCCUGUCGGACAUGCUGGAGACGCGGCAAGGGGAGGUGUCACUCCAGGACCAGCAGCUGGAGGAGGGAGCCGUGGAGGCGAUUGUGCGCUUCGCGUACGAGGGCCGUGCCCGGCUGGCGCCCGACGGCGUGCAGGCCCUGCUGUACGCUGCAUGCAUCCUGCAGGUGGAGGUGCUGGUGGGCGCCUGCUCCACCUACAUGCAGAGGAACCUGGAUGCAUCCAACUGCCUCGGCGUGCGCGCCUUCGCGGAGAUGCACAAUCUGAAGAAGUUGAUGUCAGCGGCAGAUGACUUUACGCGAGAGAACUUUGGUGCAGUGGCGGUGGCGGAGGAGUUCUUGGACGUCUCUCCGUCCCACCUGGUGGCCCUGCUCUCGUCCUGUGACCUGAGCGUGGUCGGCGAGGUGCAGGUGUACGAGGCCACCAUGCGUUGGCUCCGCAGAAACUCGCAGCACCACGAGCGAUGGCUUCCCACCAUUGCCGAGCAGGUCCGCUUCCCGCUGCUGCCGCUGGACUUUCUGAUGCGCACGGCAUUUCGCGAGGAGCUCCUCAAGCGCAACAUUCGGUGCCGGGAUCUUCUGGACGAAGCCAAGAACUUCCACCUCCACAUGCAGCACCAGGACGAGCUGACCGAAUUCGAGUUCUCUGUGCGCACCACACCGCGAAAGAGUGCCGCCGGAGUGCUCUUCUGCGUGGGUGGCCGAGGAAGCAUGGGAGACCCUUUCCGGAGCAUCGAAUGCUAUGACCUGCAGACUGGAAGCUGGUUCCUCGCUGCCGAGAUGAACAGUCGCAGGCGACACGUGGGCGUCAUCUCUGUAGGAGGGAAAGUAUAUGCGGUGGGUGGGCACGAUGGCAAUGAGCACCUGACAAGCAUGGAGAUGUUUGAUCCUCUCACCAACAAGUGGAUCCCCAGGGCCUCAAUGAACACCAAAAGACGAGGAAUAGCUCUGGCGGCACUGGCAUCGGGCCCCAUCUACGCCAUCGGGGGGCUGGACGACUCGGCCUGCUUCCAGACGGUGGAGCGAUACGACGUGGCGGCCGACUCCUGGAGCACCGUGCACUGCAUGAACCUGCCGCGUGGGGGCGUGGGCGCCGUCGCUCUUGGGCGCUACAUCUACGCGGUGGGUGGGAACAAUGGGCAAACAUCUCUUGCGACCGUGGAACGAUACGACCCUCCGCUGGACAAGUGGGAGGAAGUGAAGGGAAUGAAGCAGCGUCGGGCUGGUGCAGGCGUGACUGUGCUCAACCGCUGCCUAUACGUUGUGGGUGGCUUUGAUGACAAUGCACCCUUAAACUCGGUGGAAAAGUACGACCCCCAGAAGGACCGGUGGGAGGAGGUGGCAGAUCUCACAACGCCACGUGGAGGUGUAGGGGUGGCCACACUCAUCGGAAAGAUUUUUGCAGUAGGAGGCCACAAUGGCAGCACCUACCUCAACACGGUGGAAGCCUACGACCCUCUCACUAACAAGUGGGAAGCAGUGGGCUCUAUCUCGCAGUGCCGGGCGGGAGCUGGAGUCGCCAUCUGUGCCUGCUCCAUCAAGCAAAUCCGAGAAGUCGCCCAAGGCACAGGGGGAGUUGCUGACUGCAUGUGACCAAAUUGUGCACAUGUGGGUCUCUGGAGCGCGGGCCACAGUUACAGUGGCAUUCUCUUGUUAUUUUCAUGGUAUUUUCCCAGUUUUUAUUUCAAUUGUGCUGUUACAGUAAUUUUCACAAGGUGACAUAUAACACUUGGAACUCUUGCAGAGCAGUACAUACUCUGUAAGUGAAUGGCCAGCAGAAGGAGGUAUCAUGGAACUGCUUCUGAAGUCCCUGAAUGUUACCCCAAAUUCAGUGUAUAAACUAAAUGUUAAGUGAUAGGUUUAUUUGUGUAGUCAUUGCUGAUUGGAUUAAAGCUUCAGCUCACUACUACACUUGAGGAUGCAGAUUUGACCCGAGGAUCUUAGCAGUGCUCUUGGUGUUUUACCUCACAGUAGCUUUUGUAAGAUGGUCAAGUCGUAAAAGCUGUGAUAUUAAUUAUUGAUUUCCAAUGUGUUACAAGCUUCUUCAAUCAAUAUAUGCUCCAUUAUUAUAUGUUGUGUUUUAGCUAGUACAAUUGCAUGUUUUUGUUUUAUUUGUUGCCACUUUAAUAUGGAAAGCUCAUUGUAAACAUGAAACAAGAAAACUUUAACUCUCGCAACGAGACUUCAGAAACUAAUGUUUCGUUUGAAAUUUAAUUCUAUUAAACUAUCUUUGCUCAUAAUUCAAUAAUAUUUCCAUUAUUUACAUGAAUAUUAAAUGUUUACUAUUGUAUCAUAGGAUCUCUUGGUGCAGCUCGAGAGCUGCAUAUUGCUAAAGAAGGUUAUGAAAAGGAACACAUGUUCACUGAAUUGUGUGCACUUUGGUGAUGAGUUGCACUUGGCUUUAAAAAGUUACAUGUUACUUACAUGGUGUUGUGCCUAACACUAUUUAAAUACGAGUCGUAUUUGACAUUUCACGUUUUGUAGCUCAUGCUGUAAAUUUGUUAUUGACCUGUAUAAGCCAUAUGAUGUUUGUGUUGGCAUACUUUUCAUAUACAGUACAGCCCUUUUGUCGCUAUACUGCUGGAUGAGGGCUUUCCCGGGCCUUGUGGGUCGUGCGGAUUAUUUGACAAUACUUCACGUUGAUCAUUGGUCGUUCGUGAAGGCAGGGAGCAUACAAAUGUGGUAGCAUAGAAGAACUAUACAUUAAAAUUUUCCUGAACUGCCCUCUGCUGCCCGGAAUGUAUACUUUCCUUGAAAUGCCUGUAAUUGAAUGUCAAUGCUUUACAUGUAUCAGUGUGACGCUAUUUUAAGAGAUUACACAUUUCAGGGUUUCAUGUCUGCUGCCAUAAGAUGUUGGAGACAAUCCUUUUAAAUGAGCCACGUGCCAUAUAAAUCACAUGGAAGUUAUACGAAGCCAUCGUGUUCUAUGUAAACGCUACUGAAAGUAAUUUUAGUUUUGUUAUUGCAAGUAAAAAACAAUUGUUAGAAACUGUAGUUUAACACAUUCAUGUGCACCAUUUGUUAACAAAUGCUUAUUUGAAUGUUGCUUACAGAAGCUGCUGGAUGUAUACCUGUAAAGGACCAAUGAUUUAAACCUCUUUAAGAAAUAUAUAUUUUGUAAGCAUAUUAAUGCACCACUGGAAUGAGCAUAUGGGUUGCAAUAUUGUCUUACGAGUGGAUUUAACAAGGCUGAAUUACUGAAUAUUUUCCGGGUCGCUGGUAGACUGGAGUCAGCUCGUGGCCACAGCCAUAGAGAGGGGUAUGCUGGAUGUGUUUUCACGUCUCGUCAUAUUUUCCGGUUAACUGCUCCAGACAGACCCGGCCAAACUUAAGCCCUGGAUGUAAGGUAAUACGAAAUAAACUAUUUAACAAUUGAA